AAUCAGUUUUCGCUUGGCCCUUGCUAGUUGAACUCAGUCGGUUGGGAUGUUCAUCAAGUUGCUUCUAAUUAGCCAGCUGCUGGCGCUGAGUUACGCUCAGUUGUCGCUCGACGAGGCUAAAAAGCAAAUCGAUGCCUCGCUUUACAGCGAAGAGGAGACUACCGAUGAUACGCAUCUGCCGGAGCCCCACCUGCCCCCCCAAUAUCAGCCUCAUCAUCCCCACAAGAAGGUGACCACCACCACUCCCGAGCCGGAAACCACAACUCCAAAGCCAGAAACCACCACGAAGCCCGCAAUAGAGCAGGAGGGUGAGGCCACCGCUGCUCCCGAUGACGGACUGGGUCAACUGGAUGAUGGCUUGCAACAAAACAAUGAUGGAUCUGCGCUUCCAGAGUCCACCACUCCGGAACCGGAAACCACGACCCCUACGACGACCACCACCACAACGCCAAAGCCCCAUAAGCAUGAGCCCCACUUUCAUCCCCAUUCUUAUCCGCAUCCUCACCCCUAUCCCUACCCCAUUCAGUAUCCCUACCCCCAUCCAGGAGUGAUAUUCUCUGCCGCGGGACCUAAGCUUACUCCUCCAUCGACCACACCGCCCACUGCCAAAGAUGCGGACAAGGAAUCGCCGGAGCUGUCUGGAUAUCCCUCCUAUCCGACCUUCAGAUCACCGUACUCGCCCUACCAACCCCAGGUGUUCCCUCAGCCUCGUAACUGGCCCAGCUUCCCAGGAUACGGACCUCCCAGUCCCGGUUUCGGAUACCCCCACAACCACAAUCACGAUCACGAAGAAGACUCCGGCGAAGAUAAGCCCAAGGACAAGUCUGGUGAAAAGGAUAAGGACGAGGAUGUGGCUCUGAAGCCACCAGGAUUUAGCUACCCGCAGGUCUAUUUGAUUCCCCGAAGACCAGUGAUCUCUGUGCCCAGCUUUCCGCGUCCAGGAGGCGGAUAUGGUUCGCCCUACGGCUACGGACUCUACUAACACUCUCCGAUAAAUACUGUGAAAAAUCUCCGAGUCCAGAUAGUCAAUAAUAUCUUAGUUUUAUUUCAAUCUUGAAAUGUACUUCCUAACACAAUAAACAACUUUUAGAUUAU